AUGGCCGACACGAAGCACAAAUUGAAGAAGUACAAACAGUAUUUGGAGACAAAUCCAGAUGGAGAUAAGGUGUUGUCUGUGUUAAAUAAAUUAGAUGCUCUGCCAGUGUCUAUAUCCUUACUGCAGGAUACUGGAAUAGGAAAAUUGGUAAAUGGUUUCAAAAAGAAGCCAGAUGGAAUUGGCACAGUUGCUAAAUCCAUUGUCAACAAAUGGAAAAAUUUGGUAGCAGAAGAGGCCAAUAAAGCCACCAAAUUAGACUCUGAUGAUGAUCAAGAGUAUGUUCCAGAACCUCCUAAAAAUGUCAAAUACGAAGCCUCUUAUAAUCCGACCUCUAAAUCCCAGUCAGAUGAUGAAUACUGUCCCCAACAUGUAGCGGAGGAAUACACCCCAGAAGAAGUCAAAUACAAGCCUGCUCACAGAGCUGUGAAUAAAUACGCUAAAUAUUCUAACGAGAAAUAUAGUCCACAACACACAUCUUCGCAUACUUCCAGCAAGCAGAAGUAUGUCCCAACGAAAAUACCAUCUGCAGAAAAUUCUGAAAAUGAGUCAUACAGUCCUUCCAGGAUCAAUGAUGACCCCCUUCCGUACAGUCCACAACAUCUGUCCGAUCAAUCGGAAGAGGAGGCGUAUGAUCAAGCAACUCCUGAGCAAAAUGCUUCUGAACCCGAUGAGUAUGACCCAACGAACAAUGAUGCCAGUCCAACUGGGGCCUCAUACACCCCAACUCCGAGAUAUGAAAAUGAACAAAGACAUAAAUCAAGUAGUGCUAAGUCUGAUAAACAUAGUUCAAAAAGUGCUAAAUCAUCACAUAGUGAUGGACACAAGUCAAAAAAUGGGAGCUUGCAUAGCUCAAGUAAGAGUGAAAAGCAUAGCUCCAGUAAACAUGAAAAGCAUAGCUCUAACGGCAAGAGCGAAAGGCAUAGCUCAAAACAUAAAUCACAUGAUGAAAAACAUGACAAAAGUGAUAAGCAUAGCUCAAAGCAUAGUGACAAUGAAAAGCACAGUAAAUCACAAAAUGGCAGUCAUCGUUCCAAAUCUAAAGACAUUGUUCCUAAUGGAAAACAUCAAUCGAGUUCAUCUUCUCAUAGUUCUAAGGAUAAAAAGACAUCUAGUUCUUCAGUAAAAGUAUCAAGCUCUUCAGAAAAAAAAUUCAGUGAUAGAUCUUCUAGCUCAAAAUCCAGUGAAAAAAAUUCUAGCCAUAGUGAUCGGAAGAAUAAUAGUGUUAUCUCAGAAUCUCCUUCCAAAUCAAAAUUAGACAAAAACAGAAAUGAGAAACGCAAAAUCUCUAAAAUCGAACCCAUUGACUCUUCAUUUAACUUGUUCAGUCCUGACGAUAGCGCUGUCGUAAAACGUGUCAAAGUUGAGUCCAAGCCAAAAGUUGACUCUUCUUCCAAAUCAUCCAAAGAAUCGCAUCAUGAAGCAAAAGACUCCCACAAACAUUCAAAACAUCAUUCUUCAUCAUCUAGUUCUUCUAAACCCAAAGACGAAAGACUUGACAAAAAGGACUCAUCAUCAAAGUCAACCAAACAUCCAGAAAAGAGACUGGAUAAACAUGACAAACAUUCAAAAUCAAAGUCUAGUUCAUCCAGUAAAGGUGAAAAAAGGAAAGUGAAAGUAGAAGAGUCUUUGGAUGAUGAUGCAACUGAUGGUUUUUCCUUUGAUGAUUUUCUGAAUUGUGAUGUGAAGGUGCCAAAGAAAAAAAUGAAGAAAGAUCCAGGAUCUUCAGGAUCUCCGUGGUCUUCUAGCCUCAGUGUGUCCAAGCCAUCAACUUCUAAAACGGCUACCAGAGUCACUGAUGACUCUGGAUUUACUGUGCCUAAACCUUCCAAACAGAGGCUAGAUAUAGAUGAAUCAGAUAUUUUAAGUUUACUGCCAGAGACCAGUGCUACUUACAGGCCCCUGCCAACCAGAAGUUUAGAAGAUGAAAGAAAACACAGUCUUGCCACAUUUGAUCCUAUGGUAAUUGGUACUAAACAAGGAAAGAGAACUCAGGUGUAUUCUGGCAGAAAACAUGGUCUGACUGAAAUGAAGUCAUUAUUCAGUCAGUGUAUACAAGUUUUAAUGGACAAUAUUGAUGCCAUAGAUUAUGUUGGAGGAGUGCCCUAUGAUAUUUUAAAACCAGUAUUAGAGAGAUGCAGUGUUCAACAGCUCCUAAGAUUAGAGGACCUCAAUCCACAUUUUGUUGGAGAAGAUGAAGAACUGUGGGCUGUACAUUGUGAGAAAGAAUUUAAAAACCAGGAACCAGAUGAGAUGGAAUCCUGGAGAGAAUUCUAUUUGAGAUCUGUAGAAGAGAGAGAAGAAAGGUUAGAAAAGCUGAGAAUGAAUAUGAACAAACUUCAAGCAGCUAAACCCAAAAGCAGACAAGUUCAGCUAGCUUAUGUUGAUAAUUACGUCAAACCACCAAGAGAAGUUCUUCGUAAGCAACAGAGGUAUGGGACUGGUAAAGUGGUCUCUGCUAGCAAUAGUAUACAGAGUACUUCUAGAGGUGGCAGAGCCAACUUCAGCCAUAACAUCUCUGUACCCCAGCCUAAAGCUGUUAGACCAGUAGCUCCAAUGAUGCAGAAGAUCAACAAGAUGUUGGCCAAAAGAAGAAGAUAG